AUGGAGAUGUCUUUUAUGAACGUCACAGAUGGUGUGGUCAAACGAGUUGAAAGUGGAGCAAGCUUCCUACUAUAUCUUUUCAAUGAAGUCAACGAGGCGUCCUCAAGCAAGAACAGCUGUCGUAAAGGAAUGCUCUCCAAAGUGUCAGAGAACCUCUAUGUCAAGGCAACCACUUUGAUAGCAUCUAUUCCAAAAGACCUCAUCAAGAACAGAAGAUUGUUAAAAAAGGCAACGAAAAAGUUGUUUAUGAAAAAUUGCAGUGUUCGAGAUCAGCUUCUCUCAUUCUAUGUGAAAAAUGUUUUUGGAGGCCUCCGCAGUGGAAGUGACAGGGUAUACAUGGUUAGUGCCUUUCAGACGCUGCAGGAGAACCUGAGUAACUGUCUACCAUGUGCACCAUCCAGUAGAGUAACUAUGGCUGUCAAAAAAAUAAAGCAAAUGUUCGAUAAGCUUGGAGAGAAGGGCAUCUACAAAGCCAUUAGUGAACUCGACAUUCUCCUUCCCUGGAUUCAGACUUACAUCGAAACCAUCAUAUAA